AUUAUAAUCCUAGAGACAAAAUGAAAGAAAGAAAACUACAUUUAAAAGUUGCAAAGGUUUGUGGUUCUGUUGUGUUUUCUGAAUUUGGAAAAGAUGGAAAUAAAUUAAUAUCAAUGCCACUAAAAGAAGCUAGUGUAAAAUAUGAAACUUUAUUAAAAAAAAUAACAACAAUGUCUGAAAUGAAUAAAGAAGCUAAACUUAGAGAUUUUUCAGAUUGGUUAAGUGAAUUCCAUUCAAUAAAAUAUUCUGAGGAUAUUGAAAUACCAGGACAGUAUACUGGGAAAAGAAAACCAAUUCCUGAACAUCAUGUAAAGAUUUGUAAUUUUGAUCAAAAGGUUGAUAUUUUGUCAUCUCUUACCAAACCUCGUUGCUUGACAAUACGUGGCAAUGAUCAAAAAGAUUAUAAAUUCUUAGUAAAAUCUGGAGAGGAUCUUAGACAAGAUAGUCGUAUUGAACAACUUUUUGAUGUAAUGAAUGAUAUUUAUCAAUGUAAUGCCAUUUGUUUCCAAAACAAGUUAAAGUUAGAAACAUACCAAGUGAUUCCUCUGACCACAAAAAUUGGCCUUAUUGAGUGGGUUGAUAACACAAAUGUCUUAGGAUCUUUCCUGAAAGAUGCAAUGACUGAUAAAGAGAAAGAAUCAUUUCGGGAAUCGGAUCCAAAAAUGACAUUUUAUAAAUUUUUACUUUCAAAAACAAACAGCAGAGAUAAAAGUAUACCAUUACUUUAUGAAAAUAUUUACAAAAUUGCAGACACAGAAGUUAAUAAAAAAUUCACCGAAUGUAUAAAUAUGAUUCCUUGGGAUUUGUUCAGACGAGCAUUUUUGAAAUUUAGUUCAUCUUUAGAGGCAUUUGUUAUUCUUAGAUAUAAUUUUAUCACUUCUCAUGCAGUUUUAUGUAUAUCCCAAUGGCUAUUGGGAAUUGGUGAUAGACAUACAGGAAAUUUUUUAGUUAGCACUACUAGUGGCAUUGANUUCUAA